AUGCAGCCAAUCACAAGCAAGACAGAAAAUAGAUCGAUUGCAAUACAUAGGUUAAAUAUGGACGAAGCAGGGAAUGCCGGCCUAAAAUUUGGGGUAAGCCGGAGACACCAACCAGCGGAAGCAAAUACACAGCAAUCCAAAGCUAAGAAAAUUGCUGAACAAAAAUACAAGGAAGUAUUAAAAACCGCGGAAAAAUCGAAGAAAUCGGACGAUAACGAUAAAAAUGAACCAACAGAGGAUAAAGAAGUUCAACGUAAAGCUGAAAAGGAACGGAAAAAAAUUUACGACGAAAUAUUAAAGAAAUGCCAGAAAAAGCGGUCUUUGGCCAAUGCAAAAUUGAGGAAAGCCAAAGCUGAAUUCAAAAAAGCGAUAGCGGAAGCAGCUCGGAAAGUAGAGAAACUUGUAGCAAAGGCACACAGAAUUGACCGUUAUGUAAACUACAUGAAUUAUCUGACCGGAUAA